AUGCGGUUUGUUUUGCGAUCCGCCAUUGCGCAUGCGCAGUGUAAUCUCAGAGGGAGAUCGAUUGGGCAGACUCGCAAUUUUUCUUCCUCGCGUGAUGAGAGUGGGUUUCGUUCAAACAUGAAGUCAUUUUGGACAAAGAAGAUUACGUACGGGGACGCAAUAUCAAUUCUUGUGUUUUCUAGGAUAAUUGAUCUUGCGUUUGUUUAUGGACGUGCUAAACGCUGGAAGAAAACUGCAGAAAUUGAUGAAGAGAAGAAGAAGAAGAAGAAGAAGAAGAAGAAGAAGAAGAAGACGAAGACUGAAAGAAAUUUGGAGCCGCCUAAUUAA